ACAGAUCCCGUUGGCCAGUCCAACUACCAGAUUGUCCUAUCUCUCACUUACCUGAUUGUGGCCGUGGGCAAGGCCGUCGACAUCAAGUCCUGCCUGAUAAGGACACUGGAGGAGCACGCCGUGAGCGGCUGGAGCGAUUGCCUGGACAAGCGUCAGGUGUGGAAUCAGAAGCGCACGCCUUGGCUGGAGGCCAUCAUGCACUUUGUGUACCCAGUGCUCGACUGCGUCGUCGAGAUGCUGAUCAACGCCGUGGAGAACGGCGCCAGCAUGUACCAGGCCAUGUCCCUGGCGCUGACCUGCAUCUCAGAGAUCUGGGACUGCAUGCCCGAGGGCCUGUAUAAGAUCACAGCCCUGCUGCAGGACAUAAUACCAGUGUCCACGCGGCCAUUGGGCGACUCGGUGCUGCUGCAGGUGGUCUUCGCAGCGCUCUACACAGAGCUGAUCAAGACGGCCGAGGCGCAGGAGCAGGCCAAGAAUGAGGACAAGGCUGCCAUUUGUUACUCCCUGUCGGAGGCCAUUUGCUCAGUGGACGAGGACGACAAGCACACGGAUCAGAUCGAGCUGUUUCUCAAGCAGGCCAAGGAGAGCAUCAAUCUGGACACGGAUUUCGGCAGCAGCUGCGGACGUGGCGCCGGCGGCAUGAGCGCCGUCAGCACCGUCAAAAUGGAUGACCUGGCCAUGACCAACGCCGAAUCGGAGCGYYUGAGCCACAGUCCGCCGGCCAAUUAUGCCAUGGAACUGGAUGUGGGCAUUGCCGACUACAUAGCCGAGGUGCUGGCCAGCGAUGUGCUGACCACAAACAUCGGCAAGCAGGCGCUGAAGGUGAUCUAUAAUUAUCUGAAGUUCAACAAGGACUGGCUGCUCGAGCAGCUGGGCACGGGCGACAACGAGCCAAGUCCGUUCCAGGGCGUGCUGGGCCAGAACAUCAAGGAGGCCAAGACCUCGGUGCUCAAGUCCAUGUUCUUCAUUGGCAACACGCCCUUCGAUCAGCUGCUAACGGGCUCCCUGAAGAUCGACUACGUUGGYUGGCUGCAGAUGCCGCUGUCCCUGAAUCCGGAGCGAACGUGGCUGCAUCUGACGCGUCGCUGUGACUUCCAGGAGGACAGCAAGCUGGCGCUGCCGGAGGUGGCCAUGGUGGCUGGCAUAACCAAG